UUUUCAGACUGCAUCUUCGACCGUGUUCACCUGUUGAUGUGUUUUAUGUUCUCUGAAGUCACGCAGAUAAGAGGAGCAGCGAUGAGUUUAACUGCAGCAGCGAGUGGAUUUGUUGUCUUCCUUCUCUCUGUGCCAGUGAUACAGGGUCAGGAUGGCUGGGGAGUGACUUACACCUCUACUGAGAUCUGUGCUGUAAAAGGAUCAACAGUGGAAAUACACUGCAGCUACAGAUACCCAUCCAGAAAAGAAGAUAAAACUGAUAUGGUUAAAACAAAAUUCUGGUUUACUAAAGUGAGUAAUAAAGAACCCGUGGAUCUGACAACAGACAGAGACUACACAGGUCGAGUGCAGUAUCUGUUUCGUGAUGACUACUGCACUCUGAGAAUCACAGACCUGAGAGAGAGCGAUGCAGCUGUGUACAAGUUCAGGUUCACAACACACCAUCCCAGUGGUUAUACUGGUUCACCUGGAGUCACUUUGUCUGUCACAGAUCUCCAGGUGCUGGUGGAAGGAUCAUCCACCCAGGCAGAGCUGAAGUGUCAGGGCAGGUGUAAUGUAGCUGGACACACUCCAUAUGUCUGGUACAAUAAUGGAGAGAAACUGGAAGAAGAAACAUCUUCUCACAGCGUCUCUGUGAACGAUGAUGGCAGCUAUUCCUGUGCUGUUAAAGGACAUGAGGAUCACCGCUCUCCUCCAGUGUAUUCUCCAAAGCUUCCCUCUGUGUCAGUGAGUCCCUCUGCUGAGAUAUUGGAGGGCAGUUCAGUGACUCUGACCUGUAGCAGUGAUGCUAACCCAGCAGCUAAAUAUACCUGGCACAAGGAGAAUGGAAACCCCAGACCUCUCAGUGAAGGACCACAGCUUGUCUUCAGCUCCAUCCAGUCCUCUGACUCUGGACGAUAUUACUGCACAGCUGAGAACAGGCUGGGGACAACUAAAUCUAGAUCCAUCUCUAUCAAUGUAGAAUAUGCCCCGAAGCUUUCCCCCAUGUCAGUGAGUCCCUCUGGGGAGAUCAGAGAGAACAGAGAAGUGACUCUGACCUGUAGCAGUGAUGCUAACCCAGCAGCUACAUACACCUGGUACAAGGAGAAUGGAAACCUCAGACCUCUCAGUGAAGAACCACAGCUUGUCUUCAGCUCCAUCCAGUCCUCUGACUCUGGACAGUAUUACUGCACAGCUGAGAACAAGCUGGGGAGGAGGACGUCUAAUUACAUCCCUAUCAAUGUGAAAUAUGCCCCGAAGCUUUCUCCUGUGUCAGUGAGUCCCUCUGCUGAGAUAGUGGAGGGCAGUUCAGUGACACUGACCUGUAGCAGUGAUGCUAACCCAGCAGCUACAUACACCUGGUGCAAGAAUGGAAACCUCAGACGUCUCAGUGAAGAACCACAGCUUGUCUUCAGCUCCAUCCAGUCCUCUGACUCUGGACGAUAUUACUGCACAGCUCAAAAUGAGCUGGGGACAUCUACACCUAGAUCCAUCUCUAUAAAUGUGAAAUAUGCCCCAAAGCUUUCUCCUGUGUCAGUGAGUCCCUCUGCUGAGAUAGUGGAGGGCAGUUCAGUGACUCUGACCUGUAGCAGUGAUGCUAAACCAGCAGCUAAGUACACCUGGUACAAGAAAAACCGAAAUCCAGGUCUUUCUCCCAGUAAACAAACAUGGAAUAUCCAAUCUUCCAGGAACCAGUUGAAGCUUGUCCUCAGGUCCAUUCGGUCCUCUGACUCUGGACAGUACUUCUGUGUAGCUGAGAACGAGCUGGGGAAGGCAUCAUCUCAAUCCAUCUUUAUCAAUGUUAAAUAUGCUCCAAAGCUUCCCUCUGUGUCAGCGCGUCCCUCUCGUGAUGUGAAGGAGAGCAGUUCAGUGACUCUGACCUGUAGCAGUGAUGCUAACCCAGCAGCUAACUAUACCUGGUACAAGAAGAAUGGAAAUGGUAAACCUCUCAGUGAAGAACCACAGCUUGUCUUCAGCUCCAUUCAGUCCUCUGACUCUGGACGAUAUUACUGCACAGCUGAGAACAGGCUGGGGAGGAGGACAUCUUACAUCACCAUUAAUGUAAAAUAUGCUCCAAAGCUUCCCUCUGUGUCAGUGAGUCCCUCUGCUGAAAUAGUGGAGGGCAGUUCAGUGACUCUGACCUGUAGCAGUGAUGCUAACCCAGCAGCUAACUAUACCUGGUACAAGAAUGGAAAUCCUGGCCUUCCUCCCAGUAAACAAACACAGAUGGUCCAAUCUUCCAGGAACCAGUCAAAGCUUAUCUUCAGCUCCGUCCAGCCGUCUGACUCUGGAGAGUAUUACUGCGCAGCUGAGAACAAAGUAGGGAGGACAACAUCCAAACUGAUUUUCAUCGAUGUGAAAUAUGCUCCAAAGCUUCCCUCUGUGUCAGUGAGUCCCUCUGCUGAGAUAGUGGAGGGCAGUUCAGUGACUCUGACCUGUAGCAGUGAUGCUAACCCAGCAGCUAAAUACACCUGGUACAAGGAGAAGCAAAUCCUGCUUCGGGGACCAGAAGGAGGUCUUCAUUUCACAUCCAUCAGCUCUGAGGAGAGCGGGAUUUACUACUGCAAGUCUGACAACCCAUAUGGACAGAUCAUCUCUUCAUCUAUAUUUAUAGAUGUGCAGUAUGCUCCAAAGCUUCCCUCUGUGUCAGUGAGUCCCUCUGCUGAGAUAGUGGAGGGCAGUUCAGUGAAUCUGACCUGUAGCAGUGAUGCUAACCCAGCAGCUAACUAUACCUGGUACAAGGAGAAUGAAGACUCACCAAAAGCAUCAGGACAGAUCUUCACCAUCACUGACUUCACAGCUGAACACAGUGGGAAUUAUUACUGUGAAGCCCAGAACAGCAGAGGACGUCAUCGCUUCACCAUACAUCUGACUGUUGUGGCAGGUAAUUCAUUAAUGAUAAUGAAUAUCAUCAGGUUGACUCUGGUGGUUUUGAUGUUGAUUCCUCUGCUUCUCCUGAGUCUGUGGAUGAGGAAGAAUCAAACUCUGAGCACCACCACUGAACCACAUGAACCUGUAGAGAUAGAGUUGGAGUCAUGUCCUGUGUAUGGGAACGUCUCAGACGCUGCAGCGAAGACAGAAGACAGAGGAGCAGGAAGACCUGGUGUGAAGUCCAGUCAGAUGCAGUUGAACCAGAGGCGGGACUCACCUGAUGGAAACAAAGUAGUACGACAUGGAAAUAUCAGUGUGGAAAUAUCGUUUAAAGCAUCACAUUUUACUCCAUGUACAGUUUUGAUUUUCAUACAUUGGGGAAGCUUCAGUGUGACACAUUCAGGCUUCAUCACUCUGAGUGCUCCCUCCACUGUCUGCUUUAAAGGGGAAAUGAACACAGCCUCAUUCGGUGUUCUCUUUAUUUUCACUGCUCUCUCUAUCAGCAAAGGAAAUGAAGCUUUUAUUAGACUACAAUGCGUGGCUGAAAAUGUGGGAGUGAUUGGCCAGCAGUCACUGCUGGAGUGUGUUGUCAAAUCCACACAAGGCAUAGCAGAUGUAACAAUCAUACUGGUCACUUGGAGGAAGGUGGGAGAUGAGAGACCCUUACUGGUUUUUCACAGAGAGCAAACUGAACUGCAGCCGGGCUAUAUGUUUGCUGAGCCGUCCUGGAAUGGCGGGAACAUGAACGUAUCUCUGCUCAUCACUAACACUGCUGUAGAACACGAGGGAGUUUAUACAUGUAUGGUGAUGACAGACAGCGGUUAUGCCACCAGCCAAACCAGCCUUAAAGUCACAGGUGCCCUGAGUGUUCCCUCUGUGUCAGUGAGUCCCUCUGCUGAGAUAGUGGAGGGCAGUUCAGUGACUCUGACCUGUAGCAGUGAUGCUAACCCAGCAGCUAACUAUACCUGGUACAAGAAGAAUGGAAACCCCAACCUUCAUCCUCUCAGUAAAGAACCACAGCUUGUCUUCAGCUCCAUCCAGUCCUCUGACUCUGGAGAGUAUUACUGUACAGCUGAGAACGAGCUGGGGAGGAGGACAUCUGAAUCCAUCGCUAUUGAUGUGCAAUUGAAUCCCUCUGCUGAGAUAGUGGAGGGCAGUUCAGUGACUCUGACCUGUAGCAGUGAUGCUAACCCAGCAGCUAAAUAUACCUGGUACAAGGAGAAUGAAGACUCACCAAAAGCAUCAGGACAGAUCUUCACCAUCUCUAACGUCACAGCUGAACACAGUGGGAAUUAUUACUGUGAAGCCCAGAACACAAGAGGACGUCAUAACUCCACCUUACAUCUGACUGUUGUGGCAGAUCAUUCAGUAAUGAAUAUCAUCAGGUUGACUCUGGUGGUCUUGGUGCUGACUCUUCUGCUUCUCCUGAGUCUGUGGACGAGGAAGAAGAAAACUCUGAGCUUCACCACUGAACCGCAUGGACCUGUAGAGGUAGAGAAACCAGGCAGAUCAUCUCAACUCCAACUCCAACAGGGCUCCAGGGUGAGCAGCUCUACACACAGACAGAGGAGAGGAGCAGCCAUGAGUUUCAAAGCAGCAGCAGCUGGACUUGUCUUCCUUCUCUCUGUGUCAGUGAUACAGGGUCAGGAUGGCUGGGAAAUGACUUACAGGUCUACUGAGAUCUGUGCUGUAAAAGGAUCAACAGUGGAAAUACCCUGCAGCUACAGUUACCCAUCCAAACUAAAAGUCCAUAAUGCUACAGUUAAGGAAACACUCUGGUUUACUCGAAUGAAUGGAAAUGAACCUUUGGAUCUGAAAACAGACUCAGAGUAUGCAGGUCGUGUGCAGUAUCACUGUGAAGAGACAAACUGCACUCUGACAGUCACAGACCUGAGAGAGAGCGACUCAGCUGUGUACAAGUUCAUGUUAAUCACAGAUCAAACAGAUGGGAGAUUUGCUGCCUUACCUGGAGUCACGUUGUCUGUUACAGCUCUCCAGGUGCAGGUGACCAGAAUAACAGUCGGGCAGUCUGUUACUGAGGCAGAGCUGAAGUGUUACAGCAGCUGCAGUCCAGCUGGUCGUCUUUCCUACGUCUGGUUCAAGAGUGGAGUGAGACUGACGAAGGUGCAGACAGCUUCUUAUAAAGACUCGUUUCAUCUUGGAGACAACAUCUCCUGUGCUUUGCAAGGAUAUGAGCAGUUGCCCUCUCCUUCAGUGUAUGCUCUAAACCCUCCCUCUGUGUCAGUGAGUCCCUCUGCUGAGAUAGUGGAGGGCAGUUCAGUGAAUCUGACCUGUCGCAGUGAUGCUAACCCAGCAGCUAAAUAUACCUGGUACAAGGAGAAUGUAAACCUCAAACCCCCCAGUGAAGAACCACAACUUGUCUUCAGCUCCAUCCAGUCCUCUGACUCUGGGUGGUAUUACUGCACAGCAGAGAACGAGCUGGGGAGGUCCAAUGACAUCAUUAUUAAUGUGAAAUAUGCUCCAAAGCUUCCCUCUGUGUCAGUGAGUCCCUCUGCUGAGAUAGUGGAGGGCAGUUCAGUGACUCUGACCUGUAGCAGUGAUGCUAACCCAGCAGCUAACUAUACCUGGUACAAGGAGAAUGAAGACUCACCAAAAGCAUCAGGACAGAUCUUCACCAUCACUAACAUCACAGCUGAACACAGUGGGAAUUAUUACUGUGAAGCCAAGAACACAAGAGGACGUCAUAACUCCACCUUUAAUCUGAUUGCUGUGGCAGAUAAAUCAACAAAUACCAAAACGAUCAUCACGUUGACUCUGGUGUUUGUCAUGUUGAUUCUACUGCUUCUUGCUCUUCUUUGCUGUGUGAGAUUCACGAAGAAGAAACUCUGAGCUCCACCACUGAGCUGAAUGAACCCAGUGAGACUCUGGAGCAGUCAGAGUUUGAUCCUUGUACAAUCAACUCCUCAGCCUUGAGCACCAUCACUGCAGCACAGAUGGAAGACGCAAAGGAGAACCUGGUGCGAAGGAUCCGCCAGGUUUGAUGCUGCUGCAUGGAAAACAUAAUGAACUCAAAACAACUUCGUCCAUUUAUGGGUUUUCAGGUUUUAGUUGCAGCCGCAGGUAGCAGAAGAUUUGAGUUCAAUGAAAGCUUUAAUUGUACCUGUGCAGGUACAAUACAUAUAUCAAGGAUUUCAAAAUGGUAUUUUACGUUUUAAUAAACUGCUUGUGAAAAUAUAUAGCCACCACCUCACACCUGUCCUGUCAGUCUGUUCAAAACAGAAAUGUCACUGGAAGCAAAAUAUUUCACAGUGUAUGUUUGAACACACUGAAAAACAUCCUCAGCUUUAUCACAUUUUGCUAGUUGUAACAUAUUCAAAGUUUGCAGGAGCUGGCUGAAACAAACAUCCAGCUUCCACAUCAACUCUGCAGAUUGAACAUCGUGUCAGUUCCCUCUCAGUGCUGCAGAGGGCGACGGUGUGCGGACAGUUUUUGUUUCUCUUUCUGUGUUUAUUAUUCAGAGUGAAGUUUUUGUUGAU